AAUUCAACUCCUAUCAUCUACACCAUUUCUUCUACACCCCAAUAAAAGCCGGCCACCUCAGGCUCAGACCCACCCAUUUUCAGCUAAUUAUCUCCAAUAUUUCAAACCUUAAUUACAUCUUCCUUGAGUUUCGGGUUCCCUUGAUGCUUAUAACCCUCUCUCUUUUUAUAAUCUGCUGCAAAUAAUCCCAUUUCUUUUAUUAGUAUUUUCCUUUUCGUGUGUUCCUCGGACAAAACCCAUAACUUUUCUGUGUUGUUUUGUAGGAUUAGUUACUGGGUAUUGUUUUCGUUCUUGUUUCUUCCCGUUUUCUCGCCAUUUUAUUCACUUUCCCUUCUCUGGGUCUCUAUUGUUGUUUUUGCAUAUUCUAAAGCCGAUUUGCAAAACAGAUUAAAAUGGAUCUUUUGCAGCGGUACAAAAGAGACAUUCAUGGAUGAUCUAUGACCAAUGUAAAGGCUUUGGUGACAAUUUCUUGAGCCCGACUCUUCUCACACCAAAAUCUGAAACACCCAUUUGAAGACAACCCAAAAUUUCCCUUUUCAACCUCUAAGGCUCCCAAAUUAGAUCAUUCCAUGGUUUCAAUCUCGUGGGGUUUCGUCAUUUGACAACGUCCUAUCGAACCUCUCUCUGUCUCUCUGUGUGUUUCUUUCUGGAUCUAUCCCCAUUAACCCCAAGAAAUGUAUGGAACUCAAAGUAAGAGAGACCUUGCCUUAGAACUUCGAUCUCAAAUACCAAUCUUGAGGCCCAGUAUCCAUGCCAGGAGGGCGAACCUCACUGUAAAGUUUCAAGAUCUUUAUGGUUUCACAGUAGAAGGGAAUGUGGACGAUGUCAAUGUGUUGAAUGAGGUGAGGGAGAAGGUGAGACGCCAGGGCAGGGUUUGGUGGGCAUUGGAGGCCAGCAAAGGAGCCAAUUGGUACUUGCAACCUUCUAUCUCCGAGAGCCAAUCCCUCAAGGCUUCGCUUAAGUUAUCAGCUUUGGCAAACGCCGUAACUUUAAAGAGGCUCAUUAGGAAGGGAAUUCCGCCGGUUCUCAGGCCCAAAGUGUGGUUUUCACUUUCCGGGGCAGCGAAGAAGAAAUCCACGGUGCCGGAGAGCUAUUACAAUGACUUGACCAAGGCGGUCGAGGGGAAGGUCACCCCUGCCACGAGGCAGAUUGAUCAUGACCUACCGCGAACUUUCCCCGGUCACCCCUGGUUGGACACUCCAGGGGGUCAUGCUGCUCUCCGACGUGUUCUUGUAGGAUAUUCUUUCCGUGAUUCUGAUGUUGGUUAUUGUCAGGGCUUAAAUUAUGUCGCAGCAUUACUGUUGCUUGUGAUGAAAACGGAAGAAGAUGCAUUUUGGAUGCUGGCUGUCCUCUUGGAAAAUGUACUAGUUAAUGACUGCUAUACAACCAACUUGUCAGGCUGCCAUGUCGAACAAAGAGUAUUCAAAGAUCUACUUUCUAAAAAGUGCCCAAGGAUCGCCGCUCAUUUAGAAGAAUUGGAUUUUGAUGUCUCGCUUGUUGCCACUGAGUGGUUCCUAUGCCUUUUUUCUAAGAGCUUGCCAUCAGAGACGACUUUGCGGGUAUGGGAUGUCCUUUUCUAUGAGGGGGCAAAGGUUCUGUUUCAUGUGGCUUUGGCAAUGUUUAAGAUGAAAGAGGAGGAGUUGCUUCUAACUCAUCAUGUUGGUGAUGUAAUUAACAUAUUGCAGAGAACCACUCAUCACCUUUUUGAUCCUGAUGAAUUACUAACGGUAAAAAUUUCUUUGCCUACUCUUUUGAGUUGCCAUGUUUUUCCAAGUUCCCCCCCCCCCCCAUCAUUUUCCAGAGAUGCAGAGGGGAAAACUUGAAAGUAUAUCAGUGAAAUCCUUUCUUCUUUUGCACAGCAGUUAUGGUACUGGUCAACAAUUUGGAAUGAAUAAUUACUCCUUUUUCUUUUGUAAGCUUGAACAAAUUACCAUAUUAGAGAUUUUAGCAAACCAGAAUGGACACUGAUGAUAAGAUUUUGCAUCAUGUACAUAAAACUCAGAUAAAGUUCUCUUGUUUUGUGUGCAAACGCUGCUUCGUGUGUUGGCUUAAACCUUUCCAAUCAUCUUCGCUAUGUUGUGUUGUGGUAUCAACCACCUACUUCCCGUGUUUUAGGGCUUACUACUUUGAAAACAUUAUAAAUUUACUGAAAGAAAUGCUAAUAAAAAAGUGCUGAUAUCUCUUUUAAUAAUCUGAUGUUGCAGGUGGCAUUUGAUAAGAUCGGUUCUAUGACAACCAACACUAUAUUUAAGCAAAG